UGUGUGUGUGUGUGUGUGUGUGUGUGUGUGUGUGUGUGUGUGUGUGUGUGUGUGUGUGUGUGUGUGUGUGUGUGUGUGUGUGUGUGUGUGUUUUAUCUACACACGCCCAGAGCUCCAGUACACAGGGUUACACUUCGUGGAGUGUGAGAUGUAUUAUUACAGAUAUGACAACGCGGAGGUCAGCUGCUGUUACAAAUAUCUAAUGUUCAGCUAUAACAUCAUCUUCUGGCUGGCCGGAGCAGCAUUUAUUGCAAUAGGAUUCUGGGCCUGGAGUGAGAAGGGUGUGCUUCUGGACCUGACCCAGGUGACCCGUCUGCAUGGGUUUGACCCAGUCUGGGUGGUUCUGCUGGUCGGCAUGGUAACAUUCAUCCUGGGAUUUGCUGGCUGUGUGGGAGCUCUGAGGGAGAACAUCUGUCUGCUCCGCUUUUUUUCCAGUGUGAUUGGCUUUAUCUUCUUCCUGGAGCUGACGGCGGCCGUGUUAGCGCUGGUGUUUCAGGAACCCCUGAGAAAGUGGAUCAGUGACUUCUUUAUAGUGAACGUGAAAGGGUACAGAGACGACAUCGACCUUCAGAACCUCAUCGAUUCACUGCAGAGAGUGAACCACUGCUGUGGAGCAGACAGUCCAAAUGACUGGGACCAGAACGUAUAUUUUAACUGUUCUCUGACGAACCUAAGCAGAGAGCGUUGUGGAGUUCCGUUCUCCUGCUGCAUCAGUGACCCGGCGGACACAGUUGUGAACACACAGUGUGGUUAUGACAUCAGGGCAUCUGAAUCUUCGAAGUGGCAGAGUGUGAUCUAUGUUAAAGGGUGUGUUGCUGCUUUGGAAGAGUGGCUGCCGCGUAACAUCAACAUUGUAGCUGGAGUUUUUAUUGUUGUCUCACUGUUACAGAUGGUGGGAAUCUUUCUGGCUCGGAAUCUAAUCAGUGACAUUGAGAAAGUGAAAUUUCAUUAUUAACCUGCAGAAACCAUGAAAAGACAAGAGACCAGAAACCUCCUGAACUUUUUACAUUUAUUUCUCUUUGCCUUUUUUCACUCUAAUUGUGUGUUAGAGUGUGUGAGAAUGUGUGUGUGUGAGAGAGAGUGUGUGUGUGUGUGUGUGUGUGUGAGAGAGAGAGAGUGUGAAUGUAUAUGUAAGAAAGAGAGGGUGUGUGUGUGUAUAUGUGAGAAAGUGUAUGUGUGUGGUGUGUGUGUGUGUGUGAGAGAGAGUGAGUGUAUAUGUGUGUGGUGUGUGUGUGUGUGUGUGUGUGUGUGUGUGUGUGUGAGAGAGAGAGAGAGAGAGUAUAUGUGAGGGAGUGUGUGUGUGAGAGUGAGUGUAUAUGUGCGUGGUGUGUGUGAGAGAGAGAGUGAGUGCAUGUGUGUGUGUGAGAGAGUGAGAGAGUGUAUAUGUGAGGGAGUGUGUGUGUGUGUGUGUUUGUUUGUCUCUUCAGUGCCUUUGAAGUUGAGUGUGUAACACUCACAAUGUAACGACUGUCUAAUUUCUCUCAGGUUGUAAAUCUGCAUUUUUAUAUAUUCCAGUUUGCUAAUUUACAUAAAUGAAUAUUCAUCAUGUUGAAUCUGAUUAGUUAAAAAGCUAACGGAUGUUAGACUGAAUUAUUAGAAGGUGAAUGUGAUUUGCUCCUCUGGGAGCUGCACACACACACGCACGCACGCACACACACACACAUGCACACACACACACGCACGCACACACAUACACACGCACGCACACACACACAUACACACACACACACACGCACA